GGACCGCGCGGCGCGGUGAGGGCGCGCGCGGGCGGGCGGGGGCUCAGCCGGCACCAUGUCCAUGCUGCCUACCUUCGGCUUCACGCAGGAGCAAGUGGCUUGCGUGUGUGAGGUGCUGCAGCAGGGCGGCAACAUCGAGCGGCUGGGCCGCUUCCUGUGGUCGCUGCCCGCCUGCGAGCACCUCCACAAGAAUGAAAGCGUGCUCAAAGCCAAGGCGGUGGUGGCUUUCCACCGCGGCAACUUCCGCGAGCUCUACAAGAUCCUGGAGAGCCAUCAGUUCUCGCCGCACAACCACGCCAAACUGCAGCAGCUGUGGCUCAAAGCGCACUACAUCGAGGCGGAGAAGCUGCGCGGCCGGCCCCUGGGCGCGGUGGGCAAGUACCGCGUGCGCCGCAAGUUUCCGCUGCCGCGCUCCAUCUGGGACGGCGAGGAGACCAGCUACUGCUUCAAGGAAAAAAGCCGCAGCGUGCUGCGCGAGUGGUAUGCGCACAACCCCUACCCCUCACCCCGCGAGAAGCGCGAGCUGGCGGAGGCCACGGGCCUCACCACCACGCAGGUCAGCAACUGGUUCAAGAAUCGGCGGCAGCGCGACCGGGCAGCCGAGGCCAAGGAAAGGGAGAAUAGCGAGAACUCCAACAGCCACAAUCCGCUGGCUGCAUCGCUGAACGGCAGCGGCAAGUCGGUGCUAGGCAGCUCGGAGGACGAGAAGACGCCGUCGGGGACGCCAGACCACUCGUCGUCCAGCCCCGCGCUGCUGCUCAGCCCGCCGCCGCCACCCGGGCUGCCGUCCCUGCACAGCCUGGGCCACCCUCCGGGCCCCAGCGCCGUGCCAGUGCCCGUGCCGGGCGGAGGCGGCGUGGACCCACUGCAGCACCACCACGGCCUGCAGGACUCCAUCCUCAACCCCAUGUCGGCCAACCUCGUGGACCUGGGCUCCUAGAGCCCCGCCUGCUUCGACGUGCUCGCCUUCCGGGCUUGGCGCUUGGGGACCCGAGAGAGAGACCGUGUCCGGAGGGCGCCCCGCGCCGGCGGCCCCACCAGGUACUGAAAAAGCCGCGCGCUAAGCGGGCGGAACAGCCGGCCCGGGCAGGGCAGAUGGCUCUCUGGUUUGGUCUUUGUUCGGGAUUUAUUUUCAACAACUUGCUUUGGAGAUCCUUUGGAGGUCCGGGCCAGGGUCUUGAACCAGGGAAGGGAAUAAAUUAUACACCAUCCUCCUACUCUCUCUCCCAGCCUUCUCUUCUGUCUUCUCUCUCUUCCCUUGCCUUCCUGGCGCUCUCUUCCUCUUCUCUCUUCUCCUUUCCCCCUUUUCACCGUCUGUUUCCCUCUAUGCUUAUGGCUUGCCACCUCUCGGUAGGCUUCUAUUACUCUUAGUUUUUCUGUUUCUCCUCCCCUCCAGCCUCCUUCACCUUUCUGCCUGUACCCCUCCGUUUUUCUCCCCGGUCCUGGCCGUCUAUUUGCCCUCCCCCAUUCCUCCUCGCUAUCCUGGGGUGGGAGGGGGAGGGGGAAGAGCAAAGGAAAGACAGGGACUUUGAACCUAGGCGGUCCCCUGAGGCCCUCUCCCGGGGGUCUGCGGGGGCGGCAGAUGUCAGCUUUGUGCCUAGUAACAUCAGUGAAAGAGAAGGAGCGGCAGCGCGGAAGCCCCCGACCGCCCCCUUGCCGUUGACCCCUCUCCCUCCGUGAGGCCCUGCCACCGGCUCUCCUCUUCCUCCCGGGACUGUGGCCACCGUGCUCCCCGUAGAGCGUGCCUCGGAGCCGCGGACUUGCCGUCUCCCUGUUAUGCCCUCAUGUGAAUGUUCUUCGGAAAAUAUUUCUGCUUUUAUUUUAUAAUAAAAUUAGAAAUCAUAAAUACAUAUACAUGGUUAUAUACCAUGAGGCCCGCGAGCCGGGAGUGCAGCUGUGUCUGAUUUCCCUACAGGGACUUGACACCCCGGGUGGACUGUUCUGGGCAGCGAUGCCCCAUGAGUCCCGGAAAGCGGGAGACGCCUUCCCACAUACGCAACGUGUAUCAAUCCCAAGGUGAAGGGACUGAAUACUCCAAAACCUCCUGCCCCCAAACUCCCUUGUCUCUUUUCUUGUCCUGGAAGCUCCCUGUAGAAGCAGGGAGGGGGUUUCCUCUUCUUGGGGACUCUUCUCCCCCCACAAGCAGAGCAGUGCCCUCACCACCUCUUCCUUAACCUGGGGAUGAGGGUAGGAAAUGAGAGGCUGUGUACAGAACGUGGGUGCAUGUAUUUGGAGAUGCCAAGGCUGGGGAACAAAUCGGAAGUUUCCUGAAGGGCGGACUCCUUAGCCAUUGUUGCAAUCCCCAGAACCAGGCGUGAUGCACUAGGCAGAUUUCACGGGCCCCAAGGACAGCCACUGAUCCCACUGUGAAUCCCGGGUCGUGCGUGUGGCCAUGGAGCAGAGGCCUCCACGCUCAGAAAUCUAUUGGUUUGGAAUGAAGGGGCUUGGGAAGGAGGAAAGUCCAGGAGACUUGGGGAGCAGGGCACUCAGGCACG